UAGGUUGUAUUAAAUGCUCCUUCUUGUAUUUAACAAGGGGGAAAGAAGCAAAACUGAAAGUGUAUUGCAAAUUGCAAAAUCAAAACUUUAGAGAACCUAGCGAUUAGGUAUGUCUUCUUCCCAUGUUUAUUAUGUGAAUGGCGCUUUGGAAUCAUACAAAUAAACCCCAACGUGUUUCAUCAUCGAUUCACCCAAAUUCAACGAAACAACAUCCUCAUAUCAAUGGGUCUUGAUGCAUAUGAAUUGUUGUUGAUUGCAUAAUUUGAAAAAAGAACUCAAGGUGUAUGUAUAAUGGAGCUUGAUUUGAAUCAGGAGCCAUCGGAUCCAACUCACGCUUCUCCAGAUGAAUUUGAUUCUUUGUUGGAAGAACUAGAAUCUGCCCAUGAACAUGUGCAGGACCGUAUUAGGCGCCUUGAAGCGAUAACUUCCAGAACCAGGCAGUAUUCGAGUUGGCCGCUGUUUCACACUCCAAUCCAAAUAACCAACUCUACUGGACAAACCAGCGCGCUAGCUGAUGCUCGUGAAGAAGAAAUGCCGAGCCGGGAAGUUGAGGAAAGAGUCGUUGAAAGUGGGAGAGGGUUCAAAAGGAAAGGUGCCCAUUUAGUAGCUAAGGCAUUGGGGAGGAUUGAAACAGAUGCCAAUAAGGAAGGGGGAAGCACUGGAAAUUUCUAUGAUUGCAAUAUAUGUUUAGACAGGGCAAGAGAUCCUGUGUUGACCUGCUGUGGUCAUUUGUUUUGUUGGCCAUGCUUCUAUCAGGUGCAAAUUGUCUAUUCAAAUGCAAGGGAAUGCCCUGUUUGUAAAGGAGAGGUCACUGAAACUGGCAUUUUUCCGAUUUAUGGCAAUUCAAGUGCCGAUGGCAGUUGUGAGUCAGGAUUGAAAGGAGCUGGUUUGAGAAUUCCUCCUCGACCCGCUGCACCCAGAAUUGAGAGUUUUAGGCAGCAGCUAAUAAGUCAGGGAGCAUCUUCUUCUGUAAUCCUAAAUAUCCGGCGGUUUCAUCACCUUAUUGGUGGGUUAGGAGCUCGAGUUCAGUCACAAAACCCCAAUGCUGCAACUGAUAGGAAUAAUGGUUUGCUCGCUCAAUCUCGCCCGCCAUCAAGCAAUGAUCGAGGUACUGGUUCCUCUCAGACUCCAAUUUCAACCUUGUUAGUGCAAGGAGCUGCUUCAUUUUCAUCCCUUUCAUCAGCAUUAAAUUCUGCGAUGGAUUCUGCUGAAAGAUUAGUUGAGGACCUUGAGUCAUAUUUUCAUAAUCACCAGACAAAUGGUGUCAAUACAAGUUCAACUCAUAAUGGGAAUGUUGCUGCAACUGAUUCCACACCUGCAGCUUCUACAUCUCCUUUUAGUAGGAAUGUUGACACCACUGCUAAUAUUGGCUCAGAAAUUCAGACAACAGAUAAUAACAUACAGACUGAGACUAGUACAUUGGACCCUUCUUCAUCUCGCAGAGGAAGCACUCGUGUUUCAACUUCAAGACAAGUUACAAAUGAUCGCAGAAGGAGGUCAAGAUGAAGGUCUUUUAUGUAAGGAGAUGUAAGUCAUAUUGCCCGAAUGUUCCCAGUUUAUAGAAAGCUACAAUUUGCUUUUCAUAGAAAAAUUUCUGUCUCUUUAAGCAAUUGGUAUGUAUAAAAGAAUAAACAAACAUUUUAAGCAUUUUGUGUGGUGUUAGCCAAUUUUUAUUCAAUGGAUGAGAGGAUAUUACAGCAAAUCAUCAGGAUAUCUCUCUUUUCCAUUAAGGAGCUUAUAAUAGUGAUUUGAUUGAUAUGUUUGCAACA